AUGUCGAGAGCUACCAUUGAGCUGGAUUUCUUUGGAAGGGAGAAAGACAACUCCGGCGAAUCUCAGUUCCAGAAAUUCCUCGAUCACCGUCGAAAUUUCCGAGGUAUGCAAGGCGCCAUUUCGAAUAUGAAUCCUGAGGUUAUCGAAUCCGUGAUUGCAUCUGGUUUGACGAACCAGAGUCAGGAUAAUGUGAAUCCGAUCGAUUUGAACAAGUCCUUUCCGGUGCCUUGGAGUCCUCAAGAAUCUCAGAAUCUGUUUCCUACUGUACCCCUUCUUAGCCCUGCUGCUAGGGUUACUUCUGAGAAUGGUCCUGAAACAGCUCCUUUGACAAUUUUCUACAAUGGAACCGUUUGCAUAUUCAAUGUAGCUCGAGAUAAGGCGGAAUGCAUCUUGAAAUUUGCGGUUGAAGGAAACUCCAAAAAUGUUGAAUCAACAGACUCAAAAGUUGCAAAUCCUGCAAGCGAUCAACAACAGCAUCUCGAAACUCUUAGUGGAGAUUUGCCAAUUGCUAGGAGAAAGUCUUUGCGGAGAUUUUUGGAAAAGCGCAAAGAGAGGUAA